GCUCACGCGGUCCUCCUCGCAGCCUAUUUUCUUCACCUGGAGAGGCCGGUGGGGACAUGAUGGCGCUGUGCUCGUCAAGAAUUGUGGCGGUUGCCGCCAGGCACAUUCCUCGCACCGCAACAAAGGUCACAAAGACCUCGCUGCCGAUCGUGCAGGUGGCCAGCCGGAAGUUCAGCGCCUCAUCCCAGCAGCAUGCCGCCAACUCUGCCGAGAUCUCUUCCAUCCUGGAGGAGCGCAUCCUUGGUACCUCCGUCAAGGCCGAUCUGGAGGAGACGGGCCGCGUGCUCAGCAUCGGUGACGGUAUCGCCCGUGUGUACGGCCUGAAGAACAUCCAGGCUGAGGAGAUGGUGGAGUUCUCGUCCGGCCUCAAGGGCAUGGCACUCAACCUGGAGGCCGACAACGUGGGCGUGGUGGUGUUCGGUAACGACAAGCUCAUCCGUGAGGGCGACAUCGUGAAGCGGACCGGCGCCAUCGUGGACGUGCCCGUCGGCGAGGGCCUGCUCGGCCGCGUCGUCGACGCCCUGGGCAACGUCAUCGAUGGCAAGGGACCCCUGAAGAACGUCAACAGGGCCCGCGUGGGCGUGAAGGCGCCCGGCAUCAUCCCGCGCCAGUCGGUGCGCGAGCCGAUGCAGUCCGGCAUCAAGGCGGUGGACUCGCUGGUGCCGAUCGGCCGCGGCCAGCGCGAGCUCAUCAUCGGCGACCGGCAGACGGGCAAGACGGCCGUCGCCAUCGACACCAUCAUCAACCAGAAGCGCUUCAACGACGGCCAGGAUGAGAAGAAGAAGCUCUACUGCAUCUACGUGGCCAUCGGCCAGAAGCGCUCGACCGUGGCGCAGAUCAUGAAGCGGUUGGGCGACAUGGAUGCCAUGAAGUACACCAUCAUCGUGUCGGCCACGGCCUCGGACGCGGCGCCGCUGCAGUACCUGGCGCCCUACUCGGGCUGCGCCAUGGGCGAGUUCUUCCGCGACAACGGCAAGCACGCGCUCAUCAUCUACGACGAUCUGUCGAAGCAGGCGGUGGCCUACCGUCAGAUGUCGCUGCUGCUGCGCCGGCCGCCCGGCCGUGAGGCGUACCCGGGCGACGUGUUCUACCUGCACUCGCGCCUGCUGGAGCGUGCCGCCAAGAUGAGCGACAAGAACGGCGGCGGUUCGCUCACCGCGCUGCCCAUCAUCGAGACGCAGGCCGGCGAUGUGUCCGCCUACAUCCCGACCAACGUCAUCUCCAUCACCGACGGCCAGAUCUUCUUGGAGACGGAGCUGUUCUACAAGGGCAUCCAGCCGGCCAUCAACGUCGGUCUGUCCGUGUCCCGCGUCGGCUCGGCCGCCCAGGUCAAGGCCAUGAAGCAGGUGGCCGGCUCGAUGAAGCUGGAGCUGGCGCAGUACCGCGAGGUGGCGGCGUUCGCGCAGUUCGGCUCUGACCUGGAUGCGUCCACACAGCAGCAGCUGAACCGCGGCGUGCGGCUGACCGAGCUGCUGAAGCAGGGACAGUACGUGCCGAUGGCUGUGGAGGAGCAGGUGGCCGUCAUCUACUGCGGCGUGCGCGGCCACCUUGACAAGGUGGACCCGUCCAAGAUCACCCAGUUCGAGAAGGACUUCCUGGCGCACAUCCGCGUCACCGAGAAGGACCUGCUGGCGCACAUCGCCAAGGAGGGCUCCAUCUCGCCCGAGACGGACGCCGCCCUCAAGAAGAUCGUGCUCGACUUCAUGGCCAGCUGGUCGGCCUAAGCGGCGCGCGCGUGCGUGCCAGCUGGGCCGGGCCGCUGGUGGGGGGUGUGACGGGCCGUUUUGUAUGGUGUAGUGUCGACUGCCGCACGGAGCGCCGUCAGUGAGUACGUGUCGUGUGCGAGGGGAGCGGCAAUGGUGAACGCCAGCGCGCGGCGCACGCGCUCUGUUAUUAUAUAUUGGUUCGCCCGAAUAGACCACCACAGACGGAC